AUGGCACCUAGACUCCCUCCUCCACCCCAACCUAACGAGCCUGAUGCGUCCAACAAAGCUAGGUUGUUGGAGACAGUAAUAGACCGCUUACAGCAGCAGAACACUACACUGAUGGAACAAAAUGCCACUCUAAUGCAGCAGAAUCAGAGUGCCAUGCAGAGUUUGGAAGCUUCACGUGCCAACUCUGAAACUACACAAAGACAACUGAUGGAGAUCUUAGCAGCGACUAGGCAUCAUUCAGGGGCGUCUUCUUCCAACGCUGCCCCGCCUACUGCCGAAUGGAGCUUGGAGAGUUUCCUCCAACACCAUCCUGCUAAAUUCAGUGGGAAGGGUCUCCCCGACGAAGCGGAUCAGUGGUUGAGGGAUAUAGAGAAGAUCUUCAAUGCCAAACGAUGCCCUGAUGAAAACAGGUUGGCGUACGCUGAGUAUUUACUGACUGGAGAAGCGAGCCAUUGGUGGUCGAGCGCUAGAGCUAUUCUUACGGACGCGCAACAACCGAUCACCUGGGAAGUAUUUAGAAACAAAUUUUAUGAGGAAUACUUCCCUGACAGCGUGCGGUUUGCAAAGGAGGUGGAAUUCCUACAAUUGGUUCAAGGAAAUAUGUCCGUCUCGGAGUACACCAAUAAAUUCAAACAUCUCGUCAGAUUCAAUACUAUGGCCACAAGUGAAGUGUGGCAGUGUAGAAAAUUUGAGAACGGAUUGAGGAGUGAUCUCAAGGUUUUAAUUUCCAGUCUAUGUAUCCGGACGUUCCCAGCCAUGGUUGAGAGGGCUAAGGUACUUGAGAAAAAUAUGGCUGAGGCGGAACAACAGAAGAAACAACAGGCGUCGAGAGGACCGGUUAUGUCGAGACCCAAUGUGAAUAGGAACAGGACCCCAUACGCUCGUCCAGCCCAGUCGAGUGGUUCACAAUCUAUGGUAGUUACUGAGGAACAGGUGGUAGAUAUAAUGACUAAGGCGGUGAAGCUUGAACAAUUUGAAAAACUUCGACAAAUGCUUGGAGUAGUUGAUAUUACUACAUUAACAUCUUCAUCUCCUCUCCAACCCAACAAUCCUGCAAACCCAAAGCCAAAGCCAAAGCGUUUCGUGAAAAAUCAAAUUCCAGAUUCAAUCCUCAACGACCCGCUUCUCAACGCCGCCAUCUCCGUCCUCCCCUCCAACUACAACUUCGAGAUUCACAAGUCACAAGUCAACUGGUUUGCGCGUGCUCUCCACGGCGUCAGAGCGCGUCCGCCGAAUCAAAGUUGUCCGAGGGCCAUCCUUAUGUAA